AUGGCAACAGAUGAGAUCGUGCCUUCCUUGAACAACCCAGCUGACGUGCCUAAGGCAUUUUCUGGGCCUAUCUCCGAGAGUGUUCCAACAAGCGCCACAUCAUUCGCAUACCAACGUCCUAGGCAAAGACAAGGCUCCAUUACCAGUUUCACUUAUUUUCAAGAUGAGCAGGAGAGUCCCGAGUACUCAGACGAAGCUAUCGAAGAUGUCAGUGAUGACGAGGAUUUAUUCAUGGCCAAUGGCCAUGACCAAGAUCUUGAAGCUGGCACUACUUCGCCUAGACGCAAAUCUUCUGGACGUGACAGAGACGAUGAAGACGCCCCUCUGCUCCGACGUACAGAGUCUGGUAAACCGGAUAUCCAGGAGCACGAGGAAGGUGGUGCCUUUAGCCAGAAGUUCUAUAUUCAGAGCGAGGACCUCACAAUGGUCGUCGCCGGCUUCUCCACAAGCUCACUCGGCUUUAUCGCCUAUCUGGUCAUUUGCUGUCUCACUGCAGGCAUCGGCUACCUGAUAUUUAGGUGGAUCCCCAGAUGGCGAAUUAGAUUGAUAGGAACUCCUACGCCACUCGAGAAGUGCACAUGGGUCGUUGUAGAGGUGAGCUUUGAACACAACAGGAAAUGGUCGAGAUCGCGGGCUAAGAAUAAGCAGAACCAAUGGGGAGAAUUCACUGUCCACGAUGUUACCAGCGAGGAGUACGGCUAUCCUAUGUCGACAGUCUUCAAUCGUCCCUCCAAGGAACAACUCAAUGGCCACAGAUAUGACUACGAAGAGGAUCUGAAGGAGCUAAGAUUUCUCGACUAUCGCUACAUGCGCUUCAUUUACCAUCCUCACCAGGACAAAUUCGUGCUCAACAACGACUGGUGGGAUCCACAAUGGACAGAUGUGAAGGCUAUGAAGCAAGGUCUCGACAGUGAAGAACGUGACCCGCGUGAUCAAGUCUUUGGCAAGAACGUUAUUGAAAUCAGGCAGAAGACGAUUCCAGAACUGCUCUUGGAUGAGGCUUUCCACCCUUUUUACAUCUUUCAAAUUGCCAGCUUGUUGCUGUGGUCCUUCGAUGAGUACUAUUAUUAUGCUGGAGCAAUCUUUCUGAUCUCAGUCUUCAGUAUCGCCACUACUGUUAUCGAAACCAAAUCGACCAUGCAACGUUUGAGUGAGAUCUCACGUUUCGAAUGUGACGUUCGUGUCCUUAGGAAUGGCUUCUGGCGUCAGUCAACAUCAGGCGACCUCGUGCCAGGUGACGUCUACGAAGUCUCAGAUCCUUCCUUGUCACAAUUACCAUGUGAUAGUCUUCUCCUGGCUGGCGAUUGCAUCAUUAACGAGAGCAUGUUGACGGGGGAGUCUAUCCCAGUUUCAAAAGUCCCUCUUACGGAUGAUGUGGUCAACUAUGUUGACCUGGGCGCCACAUCCGUUCAUCCCAUCGUCGCGCGACACUUUCUCUUCUGUGGUACCAAGAUUAUCCGUGCCCGAAGACCACAGGACGAGGACGACGAUGAAGCUGUCGCUCUGGCUGUUGUCGUCCGCACUGGUUUCAACACGACUAAAGGUGCUCUUGUCCGAUCUAUGCUCUUUCCCAAGCCAUCCGGCUUCAAGUUCUAUCGAGAUUCCUUCCGCUACAUCGGAGUCAUGGGCUGUAUUGCUGCCAUUGGCUUCGUUACAUCAUUCGUCAACUUCGUCAAGCUCGGUCUGAAAUGGCACCUGAUUGUUGUUCGUGCCCUAGAUCUGAUCACAAUCGUGGUACCUCCUGCUCUGCCAGCGACAUUGACCAUUGGCACCAACUUUGCAUUAGGCCGCUUGAGGAAGAAGCAGAUAUUCUGUAUCAGUCCACAACGCGUCAAUGUGGCUGGCAAACUAGACGUGGUCUGUUUCGAUAAGACGGGUACCUUGACAGAAGAUGGUCUGGAUGUGCUCGGUGUUAGGCUUGUACAGCAUCCAGAAAUUCGGUUCUCUGAUACAGUCGAAGAAGUGCAUGAUCUGUUGCCCCCAGCGCCCUACGACCGUGAUCCUACAGUCAACUAUCGUGUCAACAAGAAUAUGCUCUACACAAUGGCUACUUGUCACUCUUUGAGAAUGGUUGACGAGGAACUCAUUGGUGACCCACUCGAUCUGAAGAUGUUCCAAUUCACAGAUUGGACUUUCGAGGAAGGCUCGCAGAAGACGAUGCAUUUCGUUGAGCAUGGCACUCAUCAACCAGCUCCAUCUGUUACCAAACCACCAUCCGGCAUGGAAUACGAUCUUGAAGACUCACAAAACAACGAGAACCCUAUUCCCAUAGAGCUUGCUGUCCUCAAACAGUUUGAGUUUGUGUCGCAUCUCAGAAGAGCAAGUGUUGUCGUUCGUCAGAAUGGUGAUCCUGGCAUCAGUAUCUACGCCAAAGGUGCUCCGGAGGUCAUGAAAGACAUCUGCACACCAUCGAGCAUACCUGCCGACUUCGAAGACCUAUUGAAUUUCUACACACACAAAGGCUAUCGAGUCAUUGCUUGCGCAUCAAAGUAUGUGUCACGCAUGAAGUGGCAGGAGAUCCAGGCAUUGGAUCGAUCAGAAGCGGAAUCAAGGCUGCAGCUUACUGGUUUCAUCAUUUUCGAGAACAAGUUGAAAGAAAUUACAACUGAGAUUAUCGAAGAGUUGAAUGAGGCCAAGAUAAGGACUGUGAUGUGUACUGGUGAUAACAUUCUGACAGCUAUCAGUGUGGCCAGAGAGUGCGACUUGAUCGAUAGAGAUGCUCACUGCUACUAUCCACAUUUUGUGGAGGGUGACAAGAUGGAUCCUAAGGCUCAACUUUCCUGGGAGAGUGUCGACAACAACUUGUAUCAACUGGACAGUGAGACGCUUCUGCCAGUACCAAUACCCGUGGAGCACGACACCUCUGCACCAUAUGAUGCACUUGCAAACACAGAUUACACUCUCGCCGUCACUGGUGAUGCUUUCAGAUGGAUUGUCGAUUAUGGCGCCUCAAAUAUGUUGAAACGCAUGCUUGUCAAAGGUCAUGUCUUCGCGCGCAUGUCUCCCGAUGAAAAAGCCGAGCUCAUCGAGAAGUUGCAAAGCAUUGACUAUACCUGCGGCUUUUGCGGUGAUGGUGCCAACGAUUGUGGUGCGCUCAAAGCAGCCGAUGUUGGUGUUUCGCUUUCUGAAGCCGAAGCUUCUGUUGCAGCUCCUUUCACCAGUCAUAUCUUCGACAUCUCGUGUGUGCCAAUAUUGAUCAAAGAGGGCCGUGCUGCGCUUGUGACCAGUUUCUGCUGUUUCAAGUACAUGAGUUUGUACUCGGCCAUUCAAUUCACCUCGGUCAGCUUUCUCUACGCGUCGGCAUCCAACCUUGGUGACUUUCAAUUCCUGUUCAUUGACUUGGCACUCAUCCUGCCCAUCGCCAUUUUCAUGGGCUGGACUGGUGCAUAUCCUCAGUUGAGCAAAAAGCGCCCGACAGCUAAUCUUGUAUCCAGAAAAGUAUUGACACCACUACUUGGACAGAUUGUGCUCUGCAUCCUGGUACAAGCUGUGGCUUUCAAGACUGUCCAUUGGCAAUCAUGGUAUAUACCACCCAAGCUCAACAAGAAGAAAUCAAACGUCGACAACUCGCAAAACACAGCUCUCUUCCUGGUCUCAUGUUAUCAAUACAUCCUCUCAGGCAUCGUCCUCAGCAUUGGUCCACCCUUCAGAGAGUCGAUGAGGAAGAACGUCCCGUUUUGUGUCACUAUUGUCAUCACAUUGGCCUUUUCGCUUUACAUGCUUUUGGAUCCUGCCAAACCUUUACAAAAGUUCAUGGAUCUCACGGACAUGUCUUGGGACUACGAGCUUUUCUUGCUAGCCUUGGCAAUUGUCGGGUUCAUUGUUGCUUACCUCGCUGAAAGACACCUGUUUCAGCCACUGGCGAAGUGGAUCGGAAAGACAAGAGCGGCGCUACGGCCUUCACGAUCAAAGAAGAGGAAACAGUACAAGGAGAUCAUUGAGGAGAUGCAGUAG